AUGAUAGUAUUUUGUAACCUGUAUUUCAUUUCUUACUGCAUUAUACAUGACUUUCCCGUUGUACCUGAAUUUGUUACUCUACACAGAGUGAACAGAAAUGUGGGUGAUUAUUCUGUGCUUCUUGGCUUGGUCUGUUUUGUUAGACUGGAUACUGUCACUGUGUUUCUUGCAGACAUUUUGAUGGUAAGUGCCAAAGCAGGCAGCAUGAACCAGCGUGGACCUGUAAGUCAACUUCCUUGUUUCAAACAUGCAGUAAAUAAAUCUAAGUUGCUAAGUAAUCUUUUUAAAAAGAUUACUAUCAAUUAUACUAUAGUGUGGUGCUUGCUUAUUUAA